GAUGGGUCGCUGAGCUGAACUACACCACCAGGUGCCUCUAAUCCAUUUCCGAAAGUCUGAAUGGAUAGCACCAAUUAAUUCUGCAGAAUGUGUUUUCCUUUUAGACUGCUCUCAGUUGCAUCUAUUGAAAUAUUUGCUCUGGACCGCACAGGAUGAAAAGGGACAUCGACAUUGCAAUAAAUGAUCCCAACUGAAAUUCAGCAAGAAGUCUCUCUGCUAAAGGAGUUCUGCACGACGCAUCUGGCUACACCAUACAUUUAGGUAUUCUAAAAAGGUAUUCUUAAAUCAGACAACAUUUGAUAGAGUACUUGGCAUCUUAUUGACAGUGUGAAGUCACGCUCGAGCUGGAAUACAAGAAUAAAUGAGCCUGAGAGGACAGAGAGAGAAUUAACAAUAUCUCAACAUGUUUAAACGGGGCUGUGGGCUGGAGUUCCUGUUGGUACUAUGUGGGCUGGAGCUCUCCUGGUCCUGCCCACGUCACUGCAUUUGCUACAUGGCCCCCAGCACCGUCAGCUGCCAAGCCCACAACUUCCUGUCCAUCCCUGAAGGCAUUCCUCCGCACAGUGAGCGCAUCUUCCUCCAAAACAACAAGAUACAUCGAUUGCUGCGGGGCCACUUUAGUCCUACCACAGUAACGCUGUGGAUCUACUCCAACAAUAUCACAUACAUUGAACCAUCCACCUUCCAUGGCUUCAACCUGCUGGAGGAGCUGGACCUGGGAGACAAUCGGCACCUGCGGUCACUAUCUGCAGAAACCUUCCACGGGCUAGGCCGGCUCCAUGCCCUCCAUCUAUACCGCUGUGGCCUCAGUGUACUGCCCAAUAACAUUUUCCAGGGUCUUCGCAACCUCCAGUAUCUCUACCUGCAGGACAACAACUUGGAAAAUCUGCAGGAUGAUCUUUUUGUGGACUUGCACAACCUGAGCCACCUGUUUCUCCAUGGGAACCAUCUUUGGAGCCUGCACCAGAACACAUUUCGUGGGCUGGGAGCCUUGGACCGGCUGCUUCUGCAUCACAACCAACUACAGUGGGUGGACCGUCUGGCAUUUCAUGACCUGCGGCGGCUCACCACACUCUAUUUGUUCAACAACUCCCUAACGGAACUUGCUGGAGAGUGUCUGGCCCAGCUGCCUGCCCUCGAGUACCUCCGCCUCAAUGACAACCCUUGGGAGUGCGACUGUAAGGCUUUAUCACUGUGGGACUGGCUCAAAAAGUUCCGGGGCUCCACGUCAUUAGUGGGCUGUGUGGCACCAGGAGAUCUGGUGGGCAAGGAUCUAAAGCAACUAAGAAAAGAGGACUUCCCCAACUGUUCUGGAUCUGAGUCCUUGCAUCAGAGUAAAACCAAGACUUGGGCAGGAACAGAUAAAGUCUCGUUGAAGCAGGAGCCCCUUCCUGCUCAGCCUCCACAAACACACCCCUACCACCCCCGCCAGAAUGAACUAUACCCCUCCCCACCUUCUCCUCUCCCUCAGCCACCUCCUGCUAUAAAUGGUGUACAAGCAGGACCGGAAAGCUCUCCAGACACAGUGCCUGUUCAGAGGCCCGGCCGCUCUCGGAACUGCACGCGCCAACGGGUCAGGAGCAGCAAGGGAAAAGGACCCAAUGAGGUCCACAUCUUAAAGGAGAUGGCCGAUAAGGAGUACUCCUCCCCUGAUUUCACUGGGAAAUACGACGAAACAUCUUCUGAUGGUUCGAACACCCGUAGAAAGCACAAAUGUUCCCCGCGGACCACUGUUCGCCCCCCCAGUGGGGUCCAGCAAGCGACCAACUUGGGAAACUCCCAUCAUUUGCCUCUGUUUCUCUGUAGUAUUCUGGGACUGCAAACGCUUCUAAGCACUGAGCUUAUUCUGCACUGAACUCGGUGCUGGGCCAUCAUAGCAUCACGAAUACACCGCAGUCCUCAAAUCAGCUCUAGCUCAAGCAUUACCAGGCCUACUAAUGUGUAUGUUUGUGUGUGUGUAUGUGUGAGUGAUAAUGUGUAAUACAUUGUGUAUGGAGCUUUGCCAUUUAGACUGAAAUAGAAUACUGGAGGGCGGAUUUUAUAAACACAAAAUCUGGGACAGAAUACGAGAAGAAUUGUGAAGCAAACUGAACAUGCUUGUACUGCCACUGUUUUUGUUCUACUUUAUUUUUGUUCAUUUCCUGUUGGUCUGGUCUCCGCCUCUAAAUUGAAACCCAUUAGAAUAAAAGAAAGCACAGAUAACCAAAUAAAUGUGCAAAAGAAUGUGUACUAGGAGACACAAGCUGAUGAAACAUGAAUACGAGAUGAUGGAAAUUGCAUUUAGAAAGCACACAUACAUCAUCACCCACUCCAUUAUCACUAACAUUUCGAACAAAUGAACAAACAUAUGGGAGACCAUCAAACAUAGAGGACGCCCCCCAAUCCUACAAGUUACAUUGUCCUCUGUGUAAUAUAUCAUUUUGUUUCCAAAUAUAUUCUAAAAAAAUAUCAGUCAGUUGUCAUUUGGACAGAUUUGCUUUCAUUAUGUUGGGAAUAUUAUAUAACUUAAUGAAAUGACGCAAAAUGAAACAACGUUUUGAAAACAGAGCUGCUAAACUGAGGAGCCAGCACAAAAGCACAUGCAUUACCAUCGUCAAAAAGUCCUAAUAACAACCUUAUUUUACCUCCUUUUUUCAUUUCAAUAGCUUCAUCCACAUUUUUUUAUAUAUAUAUUUUCUUUGCUUUUGCCCUUAAAAGUGGCUUCAGGUGAAUCAUCCUUAUUUUGGGUUGUAUUCUUUUCUAACAGCACAUAAAAAGCCAAUGGUUAUACUCGCUGCUAUAUUGUUUAUAGAAGCAAAUGAGACCCAUUUUACCUCAUCUGCUUCCGAAAAAACACAGUAUGUGUGUGCGUGUGGGUGUCCAGUAUAAAAAGCUAUGAAAAAAAUUAGAGUUGUGUUUGUUUCUUGUCCUUUGUGUUGUUUGUUUUGUUUGGCUGUGACUCAGAGGACUCAGAAAUGAACUGCUUGAUGGGGGCACUGACUCUGGAGGUGACGCAGGUCUAAUUUAAUUGAACUCUAUUUUGAAAAGCGCCUUCAGCCUAAGCCCGCCAUUGGAAACAUAGACACCUCUCUUUCAAAGAGCGGUGUGUAAUCAACUGUUCUAACAAGACAAUGAAGAAGAAAAGAAUAUAAUAAUGAAAAACGAAAAACUACAAACUAAAUAUAUCUUUAAAAGACAUGUAAUGAUUUAAGUACAUUUCAAAUUUAGCAUGGCCGAAACUGACCUUUUGGAGCUAAGGCCUGCUUGAUUGCCUCUACUCUGUCUGCAGUGAAUGCAAAUAGGAAAUGAGAGGGACAAUCACGUGAAGACUGGGGACACUAUGGAUGGAUGGACUCCGGCUGUCCCAGAUGCUUUGGAAUGCAGGAGAACUAUGCCUCCUGUUCAAAGACACACUUUGUAAAAAAUAAGGAGAACUGUAUCAUCACAAUCUGCAAUGGAAAUAUUAAUCAGUACUAUGACACUGACAUCAUUAAUGAAAUUUUUUAUUACAACAGGGUUCCUAUAGCUCUGAAGAUCUUCUCUUCAGAACUUAAUUAUAAUUUUGUAUUAUUAUUAUUUGGUCAAUCUGUUUUUGGAAUUUUUAUUUAUAUAUUAAUUUAGUCUGCCCAUUUUCUGACUAAACUGCACAAUCCAGUCUCCUCUCCUUCUCCCCAUUCUCUUCUCUCUCUUCUGUGUCUCUCCAUCUUAGUGAUUUGAUGGUUUAACAAGUCGUUCUCAAAAAAAA